AUGAGCUACAGCCCGGAGCCUGCGGCUCUGGCCACCUCCUACCGCCACCUCUUCGCCGAGGCCCCGCGGCGCUCCGAGGGCGUCGAGCCGCGGCGGGCGCGAGCUAGCGAGAAGGAGCAGCUGCAGGGCCUGAACGAGCGCUUCGCCGGCUACAUAGAGCGGGUGCGAGCGCUGGAGGAACGGAACCGGGAGCUGGCGGCGGAGCUGGCGGCGCUGCGGCAGCGGUCGGACGAGCCACGCCGGCUAGGUCAGAUGCUGGGCGGGGAGCUGCGCGCCCUGCGCGCCCGGCUGGAGGAGGCGCAUGGAGAGCGGGCGCAGGCGGCGCUGGAGCGGGCGCGCCUGGCAGAGGAGACGCAGCGGCUGCGGGCGCGCUGCGAGGAGGAGGCGCGGGGCCGCGCCGAGGCGGAGCAGGAGCUGCGGUCCCGGCAGCAGGCAGCUGAGGGGGCCGCCCGCGCCCGCGCAGACCUGGAGCGGCGGGCGGCGGCCCUGCUGGAGGAGCUGGCGGCCCAGCGCAGCGCUCACGCCGAGGAGUUGGCCCGGCUGAGCGCCGAGCUCCGCGCCGCCGCCCCCAUGGCCCCGGUUCCGGCGGGGCGGCCGGACCUGGCGGCGGCUUUGCGGGAGCUGCGGGCCCAGUACGAGGCGCUGGCGGCCCGCAACCUGCAGGCAGCCGAGGACUGGUACCGCGCCCGCUGCGCCCGCCUCCACGAGCGGGCAGCCCGCAGCCAGGAGGCCGUCCGUGCCAGCCGCCGGGAGGCCGGCGAGUGCCGCCGACAGCUCCAGGCCCGCCUGGCGGAGAUGGAGAGCCUGCGCGGCGCCCACCAGUCCCUGGAGAGGCAGCUGCAGGAGAUGGAGGAGCGGCACAGCGCCGAGGCCGCCGGCCUGCAGGACACCAUUGGGCAGCUGGAGGAUGACCUGCGAAACACCAAAAACGAGAUGGCUCGGCACUUGAGGGAGUACCAAGACCUGCUUAAUGUCAAGAUGGCCCUCGAUAUUGAGAUAGCUGCCUACAGGAAGCUGCUGGAGGGAGAGGAGACCCUCUUCAGCACAGGAAGCAGCGGCCUUUCAGCGCUCAAUCCCCUCCCCAACCCCACUUAUUCCUUCCAGCCAAGAGGCUUUAGUUCUUCCAGUCUGUCCUUCAAAGAUGAGGAACAAGGAGAGGUUUUUAAAGUGACCUCUAAAAUAUCAUCCAGCCGGGCUGAGAUGAUUGAGGGGACCAUAACCUCUACCAAGAAAAGGGGGAGAUUAAACCUGCAUGAAGGAAUCUUUGCAAAUGCAAAAAUGUAACCCUGCCCAUUUUGCAUUUGAGAGGGAACAGUCUCCACUUGGCCUUUGAAUGAUGAAGCCAUGGUAUGAACCCAUGCUGAAAGUCCCCUUGGAAUCACAUAACCCAUGAGGGACACCAACCUGCAGCCAGCUUCCUCAAGGGUCUGGCCAUGCAGAGGCCGAGCUUGGCACAUUGCUCCCUUUUAAAUGGGGUGGAGGUGUGGGCAGGUAGGUAGGUGCAUGUUGGUCAUUGAUGUGGUGGCACAGUGGACUCAUAUAGCACUCACCAUCCCUCCCUUCCUGUUCCUGCAGUGCUCGAGGGGAAGCUGGCUGGGAUGGAUUCUCAGCUGGCUCUCCAGGGACAGGGGUGGAGGGAAACAAAACUUUACACAUUUGUUACACCCAGUUUCAAGGCUACAGACCCUCACUCACUAUCCAAAUCCACAUAAAGCUAAACUGUUGCCCACUCCUUAAGAUGUAGACGUGCAUUUUUAAUCCCAGAAGCACAGAAAUAUCCAUACUGGACCACACCUGAUGUCUGGUCUAUGAGCCACUUAAGUUUUAAACUGUAAGGAUUGUUCUUCUUUUGGUUUUGUUUUGUUUAUCUUUUUGUCCUGACAGCUCUGGUUUUCUGCAGUGUUAGUCCAGCCAGAUGCACAGGGUUUCCUAGCAGAAGGCAUAGGGCAGGAAACUGGUGCAUUUGAGGUCAAGGCACCACCACACCACAGGGCACAGCACACCACUGGCUCUGAAAUUUCAGGGUCUGUGAGUCCCGUUGUUUGGCUGCACAGUCAUCACAUGAGAGCCCCACGUUCACAUUAUUAGAAUCAUGCCCCAGCUGGUGCUGGGAAGCUGCAGGACUCCUGAACACCAGCUCACAAAGUAUCCUCGUCUCCGCUCCGUUACAAUGUGUGCCAAAUUUGAUAUAGGAUUUGCAACCAUAGGUUUCCUUCAAUGCCUUAAAUUGCCAAUGAUCGCUUUUGCAAGAGCCGGAGACUCCACGUGUGUGUGUGUGUGUGUGUGUGUGUGUGUGUUGCUUGUCAGUGCCAUGGCAAGGUUAUCAUCACCAGAACUUACUGCCCUCGCAGUGGUCCCAGAGUAGUUCCUGGAACCAGCAAAUCGUUUGCUCCCACUCUUUCCUCUUCUACUGUAC